CAUCAUGAAUUAGAAAAAAAAUGGAGUUCCUUUCUUUUCUGGCUACCUUUGUUGUUUUGAGACUUUCUCUUUCCAGAACAACUUUUGCUGUGCUUGAUACCAUUAGACCUUCAGAAUUUAUGAGUGAAAACACAACUUUGGUAUCAAGAGGAGGAAGGUUUGAACUGGGAUUCUUUACUCCAGGUAGUUCAAAGAAUCGUUUUCUGGGAAUUCGGUAUAAGAACAUCUCAGUUCAAACUGUAGUUUGGGUGGCAAACAGGUGUGAACCGAUCGACGAUUCAUCUGGCUCGUUGACUAUAGACGACACAGGAAAUCUUGUGCUUUACGGACAGAAUAAGAGCAUCGUUUGGUCUACAAACUCGUCGAAACAAGCACAGGAACCACUUGUUCAACUCUUGGAUAGUGGUAACUUGGUUUUGAGAGAUGAGAAAGAUGAGAAUACAGACAACUAUUUGUGGGAAAGCUUUGAUUAUCCUACUGAUACGAUGUUACCAGGAAUGAAAUUGGGAUGGGACUUGAGGAGAGGUCUCAAUAGGCGUUUAUCAUCGUGGAAGAGUUCCGAUGACCCCUGCGAUGGAGAUUUCACUUAUGGGAUUGAGCUUGAUGAACCACACCAUACAUACCCUCAACUAUUUAUCCGUAAUGGGUCUGCAAAAUUGUUUCGAGAAGGGCCUUGGGAUGGCAUAAGUUUCAGCGGAGCUUCUAAUACUUUAUCAUAUCCUUGGUACGGGUCUGAUUACGAAUUCGUGCACAACGAUGAUGGAGUUUACUUCACUUACAGCAACGACAGUACAUCAAUGAUCUUAGGAAUUUUCCUGAGCGAAAGAAUUGAAUACAAAGAAUGGAAAGAAGAAGACAAAAGUUGGAGUAGUUCUUAUUACACAAUUCCAACAGACCAGUGUGACUACUAUGGCAUCUGUGGAGCUAAUUCGAAAUGUGUCAUAUAUGAAGUGAAUAAGCCAAUCUGCCAAUGUUUAGAAGGUUUUAAGCCAAAGAAUGAAGAAAAUUGGAACGUGAUGCAUUGGUCAGAAGGGUGUGUGAGAAACGGUUCUGUGAGCUGCGAUGAUAAAGAGAAAGAUGUGUUCCUUGGCUUUACUGACUUGAAAGUGCUCAAUGCUCAAUAUAUUUGGGCAAAUAAGAGUGUGAAUCUAGACGAAUGCAAGGCUAAAUGCUUGAGCAAUUGCUCUUGCAUGGCUUAUGGCUUUGAAGUAAGUGACUGCGUUCUCUGGUUCGGAGAUCUGUUUGAUAUUCGACAAGCUACUUAUUAUGGCCGACAAAAUGUACAUAUUCGAAUGCCCUUUUCAGCAACAACAGCUCCAAAACUUUUUGAUGAAAAAGAAAGAACGGAUCGUAAUCAUAAGUUCAAGGUGGAGAGAGCAAUGAUAAUUAUUGCUAUUAUCGUCGGAUUAGCUGUUGGGCUUAUCAUUUUAGUUGGCUUUUACAUUUACAGGAGGAGGAGACACAUUAUUGCCACUAAUAAUUCAUUUGAGAUAAACGAAAGCCAAGAUGAAGACUUGGAGCUUUCAUUGUUUGAUCUGCAUACAAUUAGUACUGCCACUAGUAAUUUUUCAGAGAAUAAUAAGCUUGGAGAGGGUGGUUUUGGACCUGUAUAUAAAGGUAUACUUGAAGGAGGUCAAGAAAUUGCUGUGAAGAGACUAUCAAUGUGUUCUGGACAAGGAGUCACUGAGUUCAAAAAUGAAAUUAAACUAAUUGCGAAGCUUCAACAUCGAAAUCUUGUAAAGAUAUAUGGUUAUUGUAUUCAUAGAGAAAUAAAAUUAUUAAUUUAUGAGUAUAUGUCCAACAAAAGCCUUGACCAUUUUAUCUUUGAUGAAAGGCAAAGCAUACUAUUAGAAUGGCCUAAACGUUUUGAGAUUAUAUGUGGAAUUGCUAAGGGGCUUCUCUAUCUUCAUCAUGAUUCUAGAUUGAGAAUUAUACAUCGAGAUCUCAAAGCCAGUAAUGUAUUACUUGAUAAAAACAUGAAUCCCAAAAUUUCAGACUUUGGUUUGGCCAGAACUUUCGGAGGGGACCAAACAGAAGGAAGCACAAGCAAAGUAGUAGGAACCUAUGGUUAUAUGGCGCCAGAAUAUAUCUCCGAUGGUCUAUUCUCAAUAAAAUCUGACGUGUUUAGCUUUGGUACAUUAAUCCUAGAAAUCAUAAGUGGAAAGAAGAGUAGAGGCCUUUAUGAUGAAAAUAACGGUCUUAACCUCAUUGGAUUGGCAUGGACUUUGAUGACAGAAGGCAAUGAAUUUAAACUUAUUGACAAGUGCUUGUUAAAAGAUCAAUAUGACAGCAUGGAAGAAGCAUUACGUUGCAUCCACAUUGGUCUCUUGUGUGUGCAACAAAAGCCUAUUGAUAGGCCUGAUAUGUCUUCUGUUAUUCUAAUGUUGAGUGGUGAGAAAGUGUUGCCUCAGCCCAAACCACCAGCCUAUUUCACUAACACUGAUUUUUGGGAAGGGGAUCAUUCCUCUCAUCUGCUAGGCCCCCAUCAUGCAAUGAAAGCAUAACAGUUGUCGAGGCAAGAUAGAGAGUUCAUACAUAUAGAAUCAAUGAAUGACCUAGAUGAAUGGUUUUUGGAUCCCUAAAAUGUGCUAAUCAUGACAAUAAAAAUGAUUCUUGGAUCUUUUCUUGAUUAUAAUUAGCCAUUAUAUUACACAUAUUGCCUAGUAGUGAUAGGCAAGAGUUUGAGAAACUUAUAGUUUGCUAUUAGGAUUAUCAAACUGUCUUAUUUUGAAAUGUUGAUAUAUAGUUUUUAAGUGAUGUGAAGGAUAUACUAGUUAAUGUUAAUUUGAAAGUCAAGUGCAUUGCCUCA